AGGUCCAAUCCAAAGGGUGAAGAAAUCUUCAAAGAAUAUUACAAAAAGAAAACGCUGUCGGAUGCAACGCGUAGACAGAUGAUCAAUAUUUUGAUUGCAGAAAUGACUGAAUCCUAUGGGAACAUUACUAUGAUCCAGACGCCAAUACUGGCUACCUUGCUUGGAGACUCAAGACAGUCCAACGCAACAGCUUUGAUGGCUCCCACAGACGUUCCAGGCCUGAUUUGCAGGACAGCCCAACAACCUAUCGAGAAUCCCUGUUAACCAGUCAGCAGCUCUUCGGUGAGGAGUGUCGGGAGGCGCUUUCUGUCAUCAGAUACUCUACAGAUCAUUCCGUGGUAAAAGAGAGAAUGAGAGCCACCUUUGAGUAUAGACAGAAGCUAGUUCAUGACCAGGAUGCAACAUCUACAGUCUUGGAUGUCUUCCCUCGUUUCCUUGAUGUUCCUGGAUUGAUUGACCAAGAUUUUUCCAUGAUGUUUGGGGAUGAAGUAUCUGGGAAAUUUCUGGCAAAGUGGCCCUCAUUUUUCAUGCAGAAAGUCAUCACAGAAUGCCAGAGUCUUCCCUCAAAUAUGCAUGUUGAGGAUCUUCUUGCAGCUUUUGACUCUGAUGCCGAGAAUGACUUUGGCUGGGAUAGCCAUAUGUCAGCUCUCCUCCUGCUGUUGCAUCUCCUGCCCCCUACAUCAAGAGGCCAUAAGAAAACAGCUAAGAUCAGCUCAGCACAGGCAGCCAACCAUCUUGUAAGAUUUCUUAAAGAGGGUGCAAGCCUCACCACAUUCCUGGAGAAAGUUGAUGGAAGACAGCCCUUCCUCCUCUGCAUCGGUGAGAAAAAGAAGAGAAUCCAGAGGUUCUUCAUUGUCGUGGACCAGAAACCCAUCCCAAGCAAUGCUCAGACAACGGUAGCUGCUUUCGAUGAGCUGUUUAAAGCUCACUACGUCUUCAGCCUCUCUUACGAUGAAGUGCUUACCAGCUUCUACACCUUCAUCCAGACAGCGGUGUACAAUAUUGAUAUCGGAAAAGCAAAGGAAAGCCCGCGAGUCAAGGAACUGAGAGCUCGACUACUGCAAGAGCGUUAAAAGGCCACCAGCUCUCAAAGGUCAGAGUACAAUUCUCUGAAAAUGUUCACAUGUUUUGUUUGCAAAAUGCACCACAAAGACUGUUCAGUUCUAUGUAAGCAUUUAAAGUUUCAACAUGGUUUGUAUCCAGCUAAGAACUUACGUUUGAAAUGCGGAGAGCGAGGGUGUGCUUCAUCUUUUUGUACGUACAAUGGCUUAAGAAAGCACCUAAACACUGUGCAUAAGCUUUGCUAUGAUGAACAGGUCCGUACUAACCAGGAAGUGGCAUCACAAAUACAUUCUGAGGUGGAAUUUUCAAGUGAUCAGCCAACUACCUCUGCAUCCAUGUUGCCAGUCCUUCCUGUUAUCACACAGAAACCACUUACUAAAAUGUGCGGUUCACUUGUUGCACACUUACAAGCCAGUGGUCUCUCCGAAAGCACCAUCCAAACAAUAGUUUGUUCAAUGGAGGAAGUUGUCAGUGAUGUUCAAAGUGAAACACGAGAAGCAGUUCUCCAAACAUUUUCUCCCGAAACCAAGAAGUCAGAAAUGUAUAAUAAAAUAGAGCAUACUUUAAAUCAGUUAGACAAUCCUUUUUCAACAUUUAACACAGCGACAAAGAGACAAAAAUAUUAUGAUGAAAAAUGGGAAAUAGUUGAGCCAAAAGAAUUUGUUCUUGGUGUGAGAUUGGAUACACGUAGAGAUAGGACUACAGGUGUCUACAGUCAGGUUCCUGUGACAGACAAGUUCAUGUAUGUACCCAUUUUAGGCACACUUAAGUCCAUUUUCCAAAAUGAUGAGAUAAGAGAAUGUUUUUUGCAAGAGAAACACAGUCAAAAGGGAACAUAUAAAGACAUCAAUGAUGGGUUAUAUUUCCAAAACCAUCCUCUUUUUUCUCAAAAGCGGCAUGCUCUACAGAUUUUGCUUUACUAUGAUGACUUUGAAACAGCAAACCCAUUAGGUUCUAAGAAGGGUGUCCAUAAACUUGGAUGUGUUUAUUUUACUUUAAAAAACCUCCCACCAAAAGUAAACUCUGUGUUAAUGAAUGUGCAUCUUGCAGCUCUUUUUUAUACAUCAGAUUUAAAGAAAUAUGGUUUUGAUGAAAUAUUUAAGCCUCUAAUUGAAGAUUUAAAAAUUUUAGAGACAAGAGGAAUCAGAAUUCCAUGUAUUGAAGAACCACUGUUUGGAUCUGUAAUUCAAGUGACGGGAGAUAAUCUUGCUUUAAAUGGCAUUUUAGGGUUUGUUGAGUCUUUCAGUGCAACACACUGUUGUAGGUUUUGUCUGAUAAGUAAGGGAGAAAUUCAGUCGAUAUUUAAUGAGGAUGAUCCUGGACUUGUUCUGCGCUCCAGAGCGCUUCACAUUGAACAUUGUAAUGCACUAAGUGAAGAACCUGCUCUACCCUCUGUUUAUGGUGUUAAAAAGUCAUGUGUGCUCAAUACAUUAGAGUAUUUUCACAACACUGAUAAUUAUGCUGUUGAUAUAAUGCAUGAUUUGUUAGAGGGUGUUGUACAAUAUGAGCUUAAGUUGUUUUUUCAGUACCUGAUAAAAAAUGGCUACAUUUCUUUGAACAGUAUUUCAGACAGGAUGCAUAGUUUUAAUUUUGGUUUUACAGAACGUAAGAACAAACCAAGUGGGUUGAAAAUUGAUGACAACAGCAAGCACUUAGGUUUAAAUGCCAUUCAGUCAUGGUGUGUUCUCCGCAAUACCCCACUUAUCUUUGGUGAUGUGGUUGAAAUGGGCAACAGUCAUUGGAACCUUGUGCUCCUGUUAUUACAAAUUGUUAACAUCGUGUUCUCCCCAUUCCUUACUGACGGCAUGAUAUGUUACCUAAAACAUUUGAUUUGUGAUCACCAUAACUUGUUUAAAACUUUGUACCCUGAUAAGAAAUUGAUCCCAAAACACCACUUAAUGAUCCAUUAUCCGAGAUGUAUUAAAAAAAUUGGCCCUUUAAUCCAUAUGUGGUGCAUGCGAUUUGAGGCAAAACAUUAUUUUUUUAAAAAGUCUGUAAAGAAUUUCAAAAAUCUUACAAAAUCUCUAGUAAAACAACACCAGCGUCAAUUGGCUUUUUACUAUGAAAAUUAUUGUUUUAGGAGGUUUGAGAUUGGUCCUGUGAAAAUGAAAACAAUUGAUGGCAUGGAAUGUGGAGAAACACUGUGUCGAAUACUAAAAUUAGAUUCAUAUUCAGAUAUUUCAACUACAAAUUGGGUUAGAAAUUAUGGCACAGAAUACCAGAUUGGUUUAUUUAUAGCCACUGAAACAUCCCAUGAUCUACCUGUGUUCAAGAAAAUAUGCCGCAUUAUAAUACAUGAACAGCAUGCAUUCAUAAUAGGUUGUACAGUUGAUACUUUGUACUUUGAUGAACACUUGCAUGCAUUCUGUAUAGAGGAACAAAAUGAUGACUAUGUAGUGAUCUGCAUUGACCAGCUUACUUAUUUCAGACCCUUUGAUAAACAAUACUCUAAUGACAGUGACCGAGCAUACAUUGUUCCAUAUUGUUAUAUGUUUUAAAAUAUAUU